AAUCGCGCGGCGCAGAGGCGAGGGGCCGUACGACACGAACGAAGGAAGGAAGGAAGGGACGCACGCACGCACGCACGCAGGUUGUGUGAGCGGAGCGGGUGCUGCUGCUGCUUCGUUUUGACAGCCCCUCAGGUGAGACACCUCCGUCCGGGAGGCGAUCCGCUUUCUCCGCGUGUGCGACCGCAGUGGCAGUGAGCCUGGGGUUGACACACUCCAAAAACAGCACCGUGAGGCCCGACCAGCACGGCACCAUGAGCAAGAAGAAAAAGGACUGGAAGGUGGAGAAAGCACGCUUGUUGGACCUGAGCCUCGAGGAGAGACGCAAGGACUACAGGGGCAACCAUGUGCCGCUGGAGAAGAUCCCGACUUGGACCAGACAUGACAAGAGUAAAGGUAAAGAAGGUAAAGAGGAAGGGGAGGAGCCCAAAGCGGUGCCCGUCCUGCUCAGCGACAAGGUCUCGCUCUACAAAGGGGACAUUACCAUCCUUGAGGUCGAUGCCAUAGUCAAUGCCGCAAACUCUACUCUCCUUGGCGGUGGAGGAGUGGACGGCUGCAUACACAAAGCGGCGGGACCGUGCCUCUACGAUGAGUGCCACACGCUCAACGGCUGUGAAACGGGAAGAGCCAAGAUCACCUGCGGCUACGACCUCCCGGCAAAGUGGCCAACAGGUGGUGUUGUGGUUCGAACAAACACCUUACCCUCAAAAGGCUCGGUUUAGAAUCCCAGCUUGAUCAUGGUACUUGAUCUGCACUAAUACAGUAAAAAUUACCCUGUAAUGUACCCUGUAAAUCACUGUAAACUGCUACGUGUUCAAGCCUCACGCUGUAAUUGCAAGAAAUGAAAAGUACACUGAAGACUCGCUCAACCUGCACUGCGGAGCUGUGUGUGAUGAGAAAGUUUUCAGCGUCACUCACAUGUUACACUCGAGUGGACGGCGGAUGGAGACGUCCCUCUGCGCUCGAGUCUCUACCUAAUGUGGAAAAAGUAAGAAAUAAAGAGCGCGAGGAAGGAAAGACGCCAUCGGCGCUGGAAUUGAGCUUCCUCUCGUGUUUGGGCGCAGAGGAUUAAUUCCCCCCACAGCGUAGUCUCAUUGUUUUAAACGUCUGGAUGUGAGACGAGGAGAACGUUGUCAUUCCUUUUGAAGGAAUUAAAAUAGUCCUUCUCCGCUCUCUAUUGCGCUGCUUUGAAAUGAAACCAUUUGCGAUAAAAAAGGAAAAAACAGCUUGGAACUGUUGACAUAAAUGAGCUGCUCCUUUCCAAGUGCCCAGUCACAUCUUGAUUUAAUUAUUAAGGACUGGCUGGGAAUUAUUAAUAAAUUAUGGUAAUUAC